GCUGCUUGAACACUCUUUAACAAUGUGGCUUGAUAAUUUUUUGCUGAGUUUUGACCUCAAGGGGAUAUUCCUGUUUAUUUUUGUUUUCAUCCUAAUAGCAGACUUCCUCAAAAACAAGAACCCUCCAAAUUUUCCUCCAGGACCAUGGGGUCUUCCUUUUGUUGGAAAUUUCUUGAGUAUGGACAAAACACAUCCGGACAAAUAUUUUACCAAGCUGGCUGACAUCUAUGGGAAUGUGUUCAGCGUCCGCCUCGGCAGGGACAAGAUGGUGCUUCUGUCUGGAUACAAGAUGGUGAAAGAAGCCAUUGUAGCACAAGCCGAGAACUUUGUGGAUCGACCAUACAGCCCGAUCACAGACAGAUUUUACUCAGGAACCACAGAUGGACUGUUCAUGAGCAAUGGUGAAAUAUGGAAGAGACAGCGGCGCUUUGCUUUGUCUACCUUACGUACCUUUGGCCUGGGCAAAAACACCAUGGAGCAGAGUAUCUGUGAGGAGAUCCGACACCUGCAAGAGGAGAUAGAGAAGGAAAAAGGUGAACCAUUCAACCCAACAGAUCUCUUCAACAACGCUGUCUCAAACAUCAUUUGCCAGCUGGUGAUGGGGAAACGAUUUGAAUACAGCGACCACAAAUUCCAGACUAUGCUGAAGUAUCUGUCCGAAGUUCUGUAUCUGGAGGGCUCUGCAUGGGGUCAGCUGUAUGAGUCAUUCCCGAGAGUGAUGAAGCACUUGCCAGGUCCUCACAACAAAAUGUUCAGCUACUUCAACACACUCCGAGACUUCAUCAGCGAGGAGGUGAAGAGCCACAAGAAGGACCUGGACUACAACAAUCCCCGGGACUACAUUGACGCUUUCAUCAUUGAAAUGGAGAAUCACAAAGAGACUGAGCUGGGCUUCACUGAGACCAAUCUGGCCCUGUGUUCUCUGGAUCUGUUCCUGGCUGGAACUGAGACAACCUCCACCACUUUGCGGUGGGCUUUGGUUUUCCUCAUCAAAAACCCUGAAAUCCAGGGCAAAGUCCAGGCAGAGAUCGACAGAGUCAUCGGACAGACCCGCCAGCCCACCAUGGCUGACAGAGCGAACCUGCCCUACACUAAUGCUGUCAUCCACGAGAUCCAGAGGGUCGGAAACAUUAUUCCUCUCAGUGCACCCAGAAUGGCUGCCAAGGACACAACUCUGGGUGGUUACUUCAUACCCAAGGGUACGUCCGUAUUGCCCAACCUGACCUCUGUGCUGUUCGACAAGACUGAAUGGGAGACUCCAGACAGCUUCAACCCGGAACACUUCCUAGAUGCUGAGGGAAAGUUUGUGAAGAAAGAGGCUCUCCUGCCUUUCUCUGCAGGGAAACGUGUGUGUCUCGGAGAAGGCCUCGCCAAGAUGGAGCUGUUCCUGUUUCUUGUUGGUUUACUACAGAAGUUCUCUUUCUCUGUUCCUGAUGGAGUUGAGCUGAGUACAGAGGGAGUUACUGGAGCUACACAUGUACCACACCCCUUCAAGGUUUAUGCCAAGGCUCGCUGAACUAGGCAGCAUCUCACUCAACCAUUUUACAGCCAACUGAUGUGUAAUAGAUAAGAUUUAACGACGCGCUUUUGGAGAGAAAACCUUUUGGUGUCAACCUUUCACUGUUGUGUGAUCAGGACCUCAGGUUUAUUGUGUCUGCUUCUCCAUUUCGAAACAUUUUUAAAUCUCUCCAACCAAGUCCGGCUGCCUUUUGAUACAACCCUUCUUGGAUAACCAAGAUGACCUGAUGACUUGAGAAUCUUCAGAGACACUGUUUAUAAGAUAUUCUGUUUGUCCUUGAAUUUCUUCAUGACGACAGGAAUAAAGAUUUCAUAAAUAUACACUCUUCAACCUUACAAUCAAACUUUAAACUGUUAACUUUUCUCUACAAUAAUGAAGAUCAAUUAUGUCAUGUAUCAGCUAUUAGUUAAUGAAAUUAAAUGAUUCAUUGUUCACAAACAUUUCAACACAUUUGCUAAUGACUAAUAAAUGAUUCCUUGAUUUGGCUCACAAACCUCUAAAUCAUUGGUAAAAACACAACAUGACAUACAUUCACAGCGACUUCAUUCAUGGCUACUGAGUUACAAGCCACUGGAACUCACGGUAACACUUUAUAAUGAGUAUACACUAUGAAGCAUUACUUAAGCAUCACUAAAUACUGAGUUCAUCAUUUAUAAGGCUUGACUCCUCAGUAGUAUAGUUUAUAAUCACAGUUAUAAAUGAUUUACUCUUCAUUAAUAGGCUCAUCUAUAACAUGAUAAUUAUUUCAUUUUCAUACUUUAGAACUGGUGCAUUCUGCAUUUCUAAAUGAAGUAUUACAUCAGUUGCAAACCAGUAAUUUAGGAUUUGUCAGUGUUUUAUUAGAUCAUUUAGAAGGUGUACACAUUUACUGCUCAGACCUGUACUAAUGGUUAGUGAGCGAGUUAGUAGAUGUUUUAUAAAAACUUGCUAAUUUUAUUUCCAAUCCAUGUCCUAUAAACAGUUGUUACUGUAGGAAUUCAUGAUUUCAAGUGGAGGGCUGCAUUGGGAUUGGGUCCCACCCAACACAAAUCUCGCGGGAGCGGGUGGUUUGAAUUUUGCUGCGGGCGGGAACAGGCAGCUAAAAAAAAACACUGCGGGAGUGACAGGAUGAUGGAGUCAACAACUGAAAUCGAAAAAAAGCUAAAACAAGGUCUCUACCAGUGCGUCAAAGACACGCAGCCCAGGGUAACGAAUCGAACAUCCCCAUGAGUAUCUAUUAAUAGCCUAUAAAAUGACGUGUUUUCUCCGGGACAGGAGAAGACACAAAAUAAAUUCAUUUCUAUUAUUGUG